UAUUCUGUCAAUGGGUGACAGACGGUUAUACAUUGGUAUGCGGGCGAUCACUGUAAAAAUACACCAGUUUGUCCACAAUAAGUCAUUUAAUUUACUGUAAAACCCCAACGGAUGUGAGGGCUGUUGGGUAGUUUGUAAGGAUGAUUUACCCGGGACUCCGCGUGCUGCUGUAAGUCAGAACAUUACGACAUCACUUAAUUAUUGAUAGAGGUGUGUCCUAUAAGAGCUGGUGCUAAAUAGUGUAUAACAUCAGACAAGCUCCGCGUGAGAUCAACUCACCGUGUCGUACGUAUAUACGUGAGAAACAAUCCGUGCGAAGGACAUGCUCGGACUAGAACGCAUUUAGAAACCUGCCUCGUGAUAUGGAAUAUUUAUGUUUUUCAUUUGAAUCGUAAAAGGAAAUAUUUCAAAUCGCGAGACAUUGGAAGUUAACCCUGACUUUUUUAGAAGGACUUUGUUUGAUAUAAAGCCAGCGUGUGUUCCCGUGGUACCCCGGAUACACUUUACAGGACUGUGACCUCGUUGGAGCCGCUGUCCAGUGUGGCACGGACCUCUACAAGUAUCGUGGUUGGUGUGACCGGUACUAUUUAUUGUUUAUAAUAACAAAAUCGACAUAUCUGUAAAUGUGGGCAGCUAGGCAGAACGUAGUCCAUCCAACUUCGGCCGAACCCUUCACCCGGAAAGUGACUUCACCGGGUAAUGAAACCCUUCAGACAUCCCCCGUGACGUCAGCGAAUGGGGUCCGGUUAUCCACGGUUAAAACUGCUAUUUUACCCAAAGCACGACCUGCAACAUUAUUAGUGAACCCUAAACAAGAAACUGCUUGGACACCCCCGCUUACUGUCAGAAGGUCCAAGUUAACAGAUAAGCCUGUAAAAAAGGUCGGAGGGUGUGCCGGAUGGGCGUAUCGGCGGAAGUUGGACUGGAAGAAAUUCAAAAUAGGCUUUAGAGAGUUCCAGUACCAAUUGGAGUUAUGGGGGACUGCUUUCAAAAAAAUCGAAGGGCAGCAAGGUGCGGGUGUGCUAUCAUACUUUGUGUUCCUACGUACUCUAUUCAAGCUGAACAUCGCCAUAUUUGUCCUGAUGCUCAUUUUUGUGACGCUACCUGCGAUUGUGAAUUUCUCUUCGAACGGCUACACCGUUGCGGUGACGGGUACAGGUAUCGGCGGCGUUGAUGUGGCCACUGCUCAGACCUGUAGUGCUAACUAUGAUGUCAACAUCUCUACCGACGCAGCCUCUCUCAUCGUAGACUUCCUCCAGGGAACGGGCUGGAUGGAAAGUACGGCCUUGUUUCUGGGUUGGUACGACGCUAACGAAUACAGCAUGGGUACAGUUGGCAGUCACAACUUUAAUUACAUCAUGCCACUGGCUAUAUUUUUGACGGUCAUUGUCAUCUUCAUCAUUUCCCUGGUAGUUAUGGCACAGGCGAGUGUUAAGGGCUUUAGAGAGAAUAUUGCAAAAACUGGGGACGCCGUACGGUACACCUAUAACGUGAAGCUGUUCUGUAGCUGGGACUACUCCGUCACCGAGGAACUGUGGAGUACUAUCAAACAGAAAAGUGUAUAUAAAGACAUCGUGGCAGAACUGGCAGAAUCUAAGUUUAGAAAGACAAGGAAAAACAUGACAUCAAACCAGAAGUGUGGCCUCUACACAAAACGAUUCCUAGUUAACUUCCUUAUCCUCGCCAUGCUUGGUGGAGCAGCGUACCUCAUAUUCUACGUCCAGAAGUUUUCCACAGAGACGACGUCAAGCGACAGCUUCGUGCUUCUGCUGAUACAGUACCUGCCGUCCAUUACACUAGGAGCUCUCAACGGACUUUUACCUAUCAUUUUCGAAGUCCUGAUCAAGUUCGAGGACUAUACUACUCAGUUUGCCAUGAAGUUACACUUGAUAAGAAUCGUGUUCCUGAAACUCGCCUCGUUGGCUGUACUGAUUAUAUCCAUGUACAGUAUAAUCACGUGUGGCACUAGGACGACUACCUGUAACGUCGGGAUUCCGGACACGUGUACCGCCAUUACUUGUUGGGAGACUUACGUUGGACAGACUUUCUACAAGCUCGUGGUCACGGAUUUCCUCAUACACGUUGUCGCCAUACUGGCAGUGGAGGGACCAAGAAUGUUAUUAACAUCAAAAUGUGACAGUAAGCUGCUCAAGAAGAUUGGUCCUGCUGUAUUCGACAUUCCGAAAAGUGUAUUAGAGUUGGUGUACUCCCAGAUGCUGUGUUGGAUAGGCCUGCUGUAUUGCCCAUUGAUUACAUCAAUGACAGUCAUCAGUUUUUUGGUGUCUUUCUUUUUGAAAUACUUAUCAGCUAUGAAAACCACUGGUCCCCCUGAAAAGCCGUACAGAGCCUCGAGGACUAACAGUUUCUUCAUAGGUAUCCUGCUGUUGGCAUUUUUCCUGUCAGUUUUUCCAGUUGGCUAUACCAUGGUCAGUAUACGACCAUCGACUGGCUGUGGACCAUUCCGGAUCUACAGCACUCAAAUGUCGAGUAUCAUUGAUGCGACAAUCUCUAAUCUGCCCACAUCGUUAAACAAUCUUGUGUCACUGAUCACAUCAGCCUCAGCAGUGCUGACAGUCCUGGUUGCUUUAAUAAUUGUUAUAUACUUCUGUUCAGCGAGAGGAUCGGCUUACAACAACGUCGUCAAAAUGCUGGAAGAGCAACUCAUGAUGGAGAGUCGAGACAAGCAGUUCCUAAUGGCGAGGGUCUAUGAGCUGACGGGGGAAAAGCCAGCUGCUCGGAAAAAAGAGACGCUCUCAACUGUGAACGAGACAAAGACGAAAUCCAAGAAGAUGGAAGCAGAGGCUCCCCCUGUGUACCGGAGUCCCUCCCCUAGUGGCUCCAGAGCAGGAACACCAAAAAUCUUGGUUAACAACACAGACUGGGAUGAAACGCCAAGAAUCAACACAAGCACCACAACACAUACAGCACAACCGGCCAAACCUCUGGAGUUUUGAACACUCACGUGCACCAAUCACGCAGUUCAAUAUGAAAAACCAAUAACCUAAAUGCAGUACCUGUGUACAGUAUGGCAUCCUUAAUACAGCCACCAUUGUUCACAGCUAAGUAACUAGAUUACACAACUUCUGGGUUAAUGGGACAUGCAUGAAUACAAUAUGAAUAAAUGUAUCCUAAAACACUGGAAUAGUGUGACUGGAUGUCGGAAGCCCUACUGAAACAGUACAUUAGCGAAUACAACUUUCAGCCUGUUCUUCAGGGUAUUUCUUAUGAGUUGGAUUUCUGAUGCGUUACUGUAAUUUAUUUUGAAUACUCGUUUGCUACUUUUGAACAUUUAUAUGUAUACUUGUGUGAUUUGUCUCCGUUUGUGACAAUUCCUUAUUGAUGUGACCCUGCAAUGUAAAGCUGUCUGUUACUGUAAUUAUUUUGUGUUCUUGUCCAUACGUUUUACAAUUAAAGUUGAGGUUGAGUAUAAUACGAGCUGAUAUAUAAGUAGCAUGUGUCGGAAGUUAGCCUCGAAAAUUCGCUAUAAAUUCCAUAAUGUCUUAUGUUUCUUGAGCAAGACAGAUUUCGAAAAUAAGUCUCUUGUUUUUCUAAUAUUUUAGCCAUUGAAACAUAUUUAUUUAGUACAGAUAUUUUUAUCAUUAUUACAUCUAAGGUGGUAAUGAAUCUAAUUCAUAGAAUGCAAUUUUAUACCAUCAAUAUUGUACCUUCUAUCCUACAUUUAUGUUAAAUGUUUUUUUGGAUUAGGAUCAACCUAGUCUAGAAGUAUUCAAUACGACCGAUCUGCACGUUACCUUAAAGGCCUUCCAUUCUUUUAACGUUUUAGAAGUGUUAUUAUUUCUAUGAAAUGGUCUGAGUAGUUUUAACCGGAACCAAAUGUUACUAUACUUAAUAUAAAAUAUCUUAAUUUACAUUGCUCAAUUGUCUGUGUUCUUGAGACUAUAUCCUUUAAUAAGAGAGGUAAUACAGAUGAUGUGUAUGUUAUUACUCAUAUACUGCCUCCUACAGAUUGGAUUGGAUGACUCAAAAUGAGUGUUUCCUGAUUGUUUCUUUGUCAGGCUGCUAAAUUCACACGUGUAUAGUAUUAUCAAUGUGUUUGUUGAUGUAUGUUUUCAGUUAAACACGAUAGUAAACCAUUCUUAGUGUUAUGACAUGUUUCUCAAUGUAUUACAUCAUACCUAUAUGUCUUUCAUCGAUCAUUUUAGUGUUGUCAGUCAUAAGUUCUCGUAUUUUAUGAAAACUUGAAAAUCAAUUUUUUUUUAAACAAAACACAGGCUUUGAAAAAAGAAAACAAGAAUACCGGGUACAUCAUUGGGGGGCGGUUCUCAUCCUAAUACUGACAUUCUGUACGUUUCAAAGUUAAGUGAGAAAAAAAAAAUUGAAAUAUUUUAUCAUUUUGUCUCGCCACAAGAAUUCGGCGAAUUAGUCUAAAAAAUAUGUUCUCGACAUAUAACUAAGUUUUUAACACGAUAAUGUUUUAAAUUUAUAAUUCGGGCCCAAGAAAUGGUUCAAAUUCCUCUCCGCAUUACGACGAUUAUAUUUGUAAUCAAAUGAUAUGGGGUCACCUGCCCGACCACGUGGGUUUUCUCUGGGUACUCCGGUUUCCUCCCACAACAAGACCCUCGCGC